AUGCCACAUGUUUACUUACCGCAAAUUUUAUGGCAUAGCAAAGAUAACAAAAGAAGCGAUCGAAUUUAUUCCAUAGAUAUACAACCAUAUCCAAAUUAUUAUAGUGUCAAAAAAUUAAAUAAGAGAUAUGAGUUAUUUAAAAAAUUUUUAAAAGAUAAACAGAACAAAUAUGAAAUAAAUUGUUCAGAAAAAGAUGAAGCAAGCAAAAUAAAUGAAAUAACUUUGUCUUCCAACAAUACAAGUAGCCCUUUAAAGAAAGAUAAGGACACGCAUUACAUGAGUAGAAAUAAUUCCAUAAACCAUAAUAAUGAAAAUUAUACAAGUGCUAGUGCAAAAGGUGAUAUAUCUUCAAUUGAUGGUGUUAACGUAAAUAAUUUAAUGAAGGAGGAUAAUGAUUAUGAAACUAAUUCAGUAAAUAAAAUUAUACAUAACAAUUCACGCAAAGGUGAUAGUCCUAUUCCUACAACUUUACAAAAUGAAGAUGAAAAAAAAAAAAAGUUUAAUAUAGCUACCUGUGGUGCAGACGAAUUUGUACACUUAUGGAGAAUUUAUAUGAAAGAUGAUUUAACAGUCAAAUGUUUAAGUAGGUUUAUAGGUCAUAAUGGUGAAAUAAACUGUGUACGUUUUAAUAAAAAUGGUAGAUAUUUAGCCAGUGGUGGUGAAGAUAAAUUUAUAUAUAUUUGGGAAAAAAGCAAAAAACCAAAAAAUAUUCCAUUAGGUUAUGAUGUAAGUUUCUUAGAUUAUAAAGAAUGGUGGAAUAUAGUAGGAUCUUUUAGAUGUAGUGGAGUUAUAAAUAGUAUCAUUUGGUCAAACGACGAUACUUUAUAUAUAGGUAAUGAGGAUAAUAAUAUAAAUAUUAUCGAAUUUGUUAAAAAUUCCAACUGCAAAGUUAAGGUUUUAGAAGGUCAUACAGGUAUUAUUCAAGGUAUAUCGUUAGAUACUAAUAACGAAUUUUUAGCAUCACUUAGUGCUGACCAAACGCUCAAAAUAUGGAAAAAGAAGGUUGAUGGAAAAUCGUGGAAACUUGAAAACUCUAUAAAAAAUAUUAAAACAGAUCAACUUGAAAAGCGCACUACAGCUUAUGUUAUAUAUAAUGAAUAUGAAUAUAACGAAAAAAGCACAGAAAGAAAUGAUCAAUAUAAUAUAUAUAAAAAAGAAGAGAACAAAGAUACGCAAAAUAGGCAUAUUGAUUUACCAGAAAACGAUGUUAAUGAAAAAACGAAUAUGACACAGGAACAAAACGAAAAAGAAAUCAGGAAACAUGCGAUCGUGGAAGAUGUUGAAGCGGAAGGUGAACAGAAAGAAGUAAAAGAAGAAGGAGAGAAAGAAGGAGAAGAACGAGUAGAAUUAGAAUUAGGAGACAAAAAAAAAUACAUGCGAAAACAAGAAGAUGUGGGGGACGAAGGACAGGAAGAGGAAGAAGAGGAAAAAAAAUUAAAAAGGUGCUUAUUCUCAAGUGAAGAAAUGCUUCCAUCUUUUUUUAGACGUAUCGAUUUUUCACCAAAUGGGGAAUUUUUAAUAGCACCAAGUGGUAUUCAAUUUGAACAGGUUGAAAAAAACCACGAAAAAAAUAACAAACAAGAAGAAAAUAUAAAGAUAAAUUAUCAAAUGAAAGCCUACAGUUGCUUUUAUAUAUAUCACAAAAACUUGUUUAUUAAGUAUAAUAUUCCAUUUUUUACAGUAUUUUCUCAAACCAGUCAUUUUUUAGUGGCAAAAUUUAACUAUAAUACUUUUAAGUUAAGAACACACCAAAAUAUUCUUAAAAGAUGUUACAAACUUUUCAUGAAUACUGAUUCUGACUCAGAGGAAACUACAUUACAUUCAGAUAAAAAAAGGAAAACAUUCGACGAAAUUAUGUUUUUCAAUGAAUUAAAAAACCACGACAAUCUCUUAAAAUUAAAUUAUGAAAAAACAUUAUUAUUUAACGAUAUUGAAAUUCAAGAUGAUAUAAGUGAAGAUGUUAGUAGCACUAUAUCAGACAGCGAUUUGUAUUAUGACGACAUUAAGGAAUCUUUGAAGGAUUCUAUAGUGGAUUAUGCUUCGUCGAAUAAUUUAGAUAAAACUGAAGAAAUGGAAAGGGAAAAAGGACAAGAAGAUGACGAUGUGGAAGAAGAGGAGGAAAAUGAAGAGGAAAACGAGGAAGAAAACGAGGAAGAAAACGAGGAAGAAAACGAGGAAGAAAAUGAGGAGGAAGAUGAGGAAGAAAAUGAGGAGGAAGAUGAAGAGGAAAACGAAGAAGAAAAUGAGGAUUACAAGAAGCAAUGCUUAAAAGAGGAGUUUCAAAGAGAAAACGGUGCAGAAUUGAAGGCAGAGCAACAUGAACUAAAAAAUAAUGGGAGCAACAAAUGUAAAGAUAAUAGUUGUAAUGAAGAAAAAAUAAAUGAGCUAGAUAUGUUGUGCGAAAGUAAAGAUAAAAAAGAAGAAAGAUUUAUAUAUACUUUAGGAACAUUUGAUGGAAGUGUAUAUUUUUAUGAUAGUGAAAUUCUAGAUGCACCAAUUAGUAUUAUAAAGAAUAUACAUUUAUGCCCUAUUACAGAUAUAUCAUGGAAUAAUUUAGGAAAUAUAUGUGCAUGCUCAAGCUCGGAUGGAUAUGUUAGCUUUUAUUAUUUUCAUAAAAAUGAAUUAGGGGAUAUUAAAACAUACAAAAACUAUUAUUUUGACAAGAAAUGUAAUGAUUUAAUAUUCGAUGAGGAUUAUUUUGAAAACACUUUUUACGAUGAAGUGAAUUUUUUGAAUAGAGACGAUUCAAAUGAUUACACUUCAAGCGAAGAUGAAGGUGAUUAUGAUAAUUUACCAUCAAAUAAGGACGAAACGAAAGUUCGAAGAAUUAAUUUAGUAGUCGGCAAUGCAGCAAAAUUUGUGUUAGAACAAAAUGCAAAAAAGUGA